AUGGGUUGGGGCGGUUGUGUCGGCAUCAUGAACGCUUCUCCGUUCAUCUGGACGCAAACAAGCCAGUCAUCAUAUCAGAUGAAUUCAUGGUCCUUUCCGGGUUCAAUUGAUCCUGGGCAACUCUCUACGACGUACAUCGAAUUCGACCAAGGAAUCUUCACGACCGAGACCGACACUUCUGCUGUUGUGGCAUUCCAGCUCAACAAUCCUUCGUCUACCGAGAUCCAAAUCCAUUCAGAGGUCUACAGACCGGAAGACCUCGAUAACCCGGGAAACGUCCAGAACAUCUACGUUCAGCUGAACAACUUCCCCUCUGACCAGAACGGCCAACGAAUUGACCUUGGCUUCAACCACGACCAAUGUGUGACGCUCUAUCUGACCAGUGCCACGGACUCUCUGUACGCAAACAGUGCUCCCGUCAAUUGGAUGCAUGCCACCCUUGACCUCAUCGGCGACAAAACACUGCGUCAAAUUGCACUCCCUGGCGCACAUGAUGCUGGAAUGGGACCGGAUUUCAUGUCCGGGACCGCCUUUUCGGUGGCGGACAAUACGAAAACCCAAGCUACUACCAUCGGCGGUCAAUUGCUGCAGGGCAUACGUUGGUUUGAUAUCCGGCCUGUCAUGGGAGAUGGGGGCCAAUGGUUGUCUGGACACUAUAGCGACGGCUUUGCCGGCUGGCAGGGCGGUAAUGGAGAACCUAUCUCUCGUGUUAUUUCCGAUGUCAACGAUUUCUUAUCGCAGAACCAAGAACUGGUCAUCCUCGAAUUGUCGCACAGUAUAAACAGCGACGACAGCUACAGAAGCCUCAAUAUAGCCGAAUGGAACGCGCUCUUUGAUAUGCUCGUCGGAAACAUAUCUCACCUAUACACCAACCCCGUAGCUGACCUUUCGACGAUCCCAAUACGCGACUUCAUCGGAAGCGGCCCGGCCGUUGUGGUAGUCGCCCGCGAUGACGACAGCGUUUUGGGCGACUACGCCAACCACGGAAUCCAUCCAAGCUCCUCCUACCGUGUCUUCAACAAGUACUCCGAAAGCGCAAAACCAGACUAUGUCGUCAGCGAUCAAAUCUCCAAACUGCAGAACUGGAAAACUCUGGAACCGGGUGACAACGCCUUCUUGCUGUCCUGGACCGAAACCGAGUCGAGUGUCAACGCUGUGCCUGGUUUUGGAGAGGGCAACAAAGCGAAUGCAAGGGAGAUUAAUGUUAGGUUGUUUGGGAGUUUGGUGCCGGUCUUAACGAAGGAGGUUUUUCCUAAUAUUAUCAUCGAGGAUUACGUCGAGAGGAAGGACCUUGCAAGUCUUGCCAUGGGAAUCAACUUCCGGAACCAUGCUUUGUGA